AUGCGUCUCUUCCAUGCCGUCUUAGCUGGAUGCCUUCCGGUGGUGAUGCUGUUCCCAGGCGGCAGCUGGUACCGGAACCACGGGCCGCCAGUUGAAUGGAGUUUGCCUUUUCCCAGCCAAGUGGACUGGCGAGGCUUCAGUAUCGAGCUGCCCUACGAUCCUGCCAGGGAGGACUUGGACACUUGGGCCAAGCGGUUAGUCCCGACAUUGCUGAGGCUUCAGGUGGGAGAGAUUCACCAGAAGCAAGAGAUCUUGUCAAAAGCUGUACCUUUCCUCCGCUAUGAUUUUGCAGGGACCCAGCCGGAUGCAUUCACCGCUUUGCUGAACCAGCUGGCUGAGCGACCGCUCCGCAAGCCAGAGCUGGACUGCUUUGACCCACGAGAGCGUUUCAAGACGGACCGUUGCCUAUCCGGGGCGAAGACUCUUAUGAACGAGGAGAAGGAGAUCUUUGGCAUAAGGGCAUGCUGUCCGAAGUGGGCAAGUCAGGCCACGAGCUGA